AACCCUAAUUCCCAAUUCAAUUCCCAUCCAAUUUGAAUUCCAGGAAGAUACGACUACUCGAAUUCAAAUUAUUUGUUUUUAUUCCAUAAAAAUGUCAGCGAUCGUGUGUGGAAAGAGGUCCUACUUCGAGGACAUCGACGCCGGGGCGUCUUCACCGGCCGCUGCAUCGCUGCCAGCUUACAAGAAGCUCCGAUGUUCUUCUUCCACGUCGCCGGUUCGGUUCACGUACUCUCCGCCGGUACAAACUAGUUCGGUUGAUCAGCUCAAGGAUUUGUUUCCUGGACUGGAAAUCCAGAUUUUAGAGAAAGCUCUGGAAGAGUCUGUCAAUAACUUGGAUUUGGCUAUAAAGAAACUUCAUGAGUUUUGUCGUGGACAUGUGAAUGACAAGAUUGACACAACUGGAGAAAAUGCAACCAUGGAAAAAGUUGCAUCACAAACCAGCGGGGAUUCAGUUCCUUUGCAGGAGCCUCAAACUCAAAACAAUCUGCCGGCAGAUGGUGCAGAAUGGGUGGAUUUAUUUGUGAGGGAGAUGAUGAGUGCUACUAGUAUAGAUGAUGCAAGAUUCCGAGCAGCCAGCAUACUGGAGAGUUUGGAGAAAUCUAUAAGCUCUCGGGCCAGUGUUGAGGCAGCUCAAAACUCUCAUAAGGAAAAUUUGAUGCUGAAGGAACAUAUCGAGGUUCUUCUCCGGGAUAAUGCCAUCCUCAAACGUGCUGUAGCCAUCCAGUACGAUCGCCAAAAGGAAAAUGAUGAGAAGAGCCAAGAGGUGCAACAUGUAAAGCAAUUGUUAGCACAGUAUCAGGAGCAGAUUCGAACUCUUGAGGCAAAGAACUACGCCUUGACACUGAGUUUGCAGCACUCUCAGCUAAACAACUCAUUUCCUGGGCAUUGCAAUCCUGAUGUAUUCUAAUAAAUAGCAGCCGCGCUUGGUGGAACAAGGAGUCGGAUUCGUUGACGUUGUGGUUUCUGUUGAGAAUUUUUGUUGAGGAUUUGUUAUAGUGCAUUGUGAUUUUGUUACGGUUGUGUUUUGGUUUGUGCGUAUUUCACUGCUACAAGUGUUUUUAAUUAAAGCAAUUUUUCGAUUUCCCA